CGGGUAUCAUAAUAUAUUUUGUUUUGCAGUAAAAUGAUAAUAUAUUUUGUAAACAUUAGAAGCAAGCCGCGACUAGCUAGUUAGUCGUUGGCGCCACAGAAUAAGAAUAUAAGACGCCGAUUAGCGUCUUCUGGGUAAUAUCACAACUUAUGUCUUUAGUAUUUCUUCAAAUUUAUGAAUAUUUUUGUCAUAGUGGUUAUUAUCUAAAUACCUAAUGUUCGUUUUGUCGUUUAUAUUUUUUGUGAAUUUCCCCGUUUUCAUGUGAGUUUACUUUUUAAUGUUUCUACCUAAUUGAAUUGUAAGUAAGUACUUAUUUUAAUUUUCGGUAGCUUAUGUUGAUAUAACGUUAACUUCUUUUGUGUUUAGAUAAUUGUUUUCACUAUUGAUUCAAUAGUCACUGUAAGCGUUAUCAAAAUGGAAACGGUUUACCCCGACGACAAAGAAAUCAAAUUUCGUAAAGACAAUGAUGGUAAAUAGAAGUUUUUUUUUACUAAUGAUAAAUCAUUAAAAAGAUUUGCUAAAAUCUUUGAAAUACUAAAACUAAAAAAAAUCCUUCCUUAUAUUUAUUCCAGUAAUGUACUUCCUAACACUCAAUUUGAUUUUUGUGCCUCUCACUCUACAACACACUAUAUCUUUUUCACUUGAAAAAAAAAUACUGUUCCUGUGUGUUUCUCGACAUGUCACAAGCAGUUGACAGAGUCUGGCAUGAAGGGCUACUAUAUAAAUUAAAACUGUUUCUCUCACCAACAUAUUAUUUCCUGAUUAAAUCUUACCUCACCGACCAUCACUUCUAAGUUAGGUUCGGUUCUUCAUUUUCAAAUAUUGCAAAUAUUAGUGUAAGAAUCCCUUAGGGCAACAUUCUUUCACCAAUCAUUUAUAUAUAUAUAUGCCGUUGAUUAACUUACUUCUCCAAACACAACUAUAUCUGAAUUUGUGGAUAGCAAGGCAGUUAAAGCAAUACAUGGUAACCCGAUUUCUGCUUCACUAAAUUUUCAAUAUCACCUUAAUCUAAUGUUUAACUUGUACGAUAAAUGACGAGUUAAAGUAAAUUAAUCAAAAUCGCUACACACUACCUUUAAUCUCUUUGUCUUGCUUCUUGUCAUGGAGUUUUAUGAGCCGACAUCACUAUCACUUUUCAAUCGGUUAAGCACUUAGAGUUAACCAUUGAUUGGUAUAUCAUCUAACCACGUUCUAAACACAAUGGAAAAAAAACUUGCCUUAAAUGUGAUUGGUCGCUUAAAACAUUUAUAUCUAAUAAACAUACUAAAUUAUAUAUUACAUUGCUCAUUUACAAAUUCUUAAUUAAGCCUAUGUAAACAUAUGGCCUCCGCCUCUGGAUCAAUAGCAUAAAAUCUAAUCUCAACAAAAUUCAAACCAUUCAAAAUAAAAUCCUAUGCUUCAUCACCAAUGCUCCUCCUUAGAUAUCUAAUCUUACUCUCCACUCUGACUUAAACAUUAAAACUGGUCAUGAUAAAGCUAAAACAUAAUAUAAACAUUUUUUUAACAAACUUCCAUUUCAUACCAACCUACUUAUAUCCAAUUUACUCACUCUCACGAUUCCUGUAAAUUUACCACUGUAUAUAAAAGAAAAAUGGUGCAGAAAUCUUAAUGAUUUACUAUAAUAAUCUAUGAUAACAACAGAAUAAAAAUUAUAUUAUUUAAAUAAACUAUAUACAUAGUAAUUGUAAACAAUUUUGUUCCCUAAAAAUGAUUAAUUUAUACCCGAUACUGUAUAUCUGCAUACAGUAUAUAAUAAUAAAUUAUUUUUAUUUUAUUAGGUAUUGACACGGUUUUAAACAGUACAGUUAAAUGUGCAAUUUGCCUCAGUGAUAUAUUAAGUGAAAUAAUACUGAAGAAAAUGAUUAUGGUGCAUAACAAUUAUUUAGUCCUUUGCUGUUAUGUAAGUAUUAUUAAAAAGAAAGAAAUUAAUCAUAAAUGUUUUAUUUUGAAAUAUAUGUUAUAGGAACUCAAAUAAUAUUGUAUUAUAUUAUUUAUUGAAUUACCAAUAUUUAUUAUAAAUAAAUUAAUAUUAUUUUUCCAAUUUUUAAUGCUCACCCCACUAAUAAUAUAAAUAUAAAUUUGUCAUAACUUCUUUAAUCAUAAAAUAAAGAAUUCAACCAUUUUUUUCUGGUGAGCGGGAGGGGUAGAUAGGGUGUUUAGUAAAGUAAAAUUGUUCCAAUUAUUGUUAUUUUUACUAUUUUUUUUUUUUAAGAACUGUUUCUACAAAUUAUUUGAAGGCAAUGAAUUCAGUUGUAUCUUAUGCAGAUCCAAUAAACAUCUAUCCAACUGUGAAAAGUGUAAUUUCAACGUUUGUAAAGUAAUAAUAAUUUUUUAUUAUUUUUUUUUUUUUUUUUCAUUGUCAAUAAGUUUUGGAUUUAAUAUAAUUUUAUUGUAUUUUUGUAGCGCUGUAUUGAAAAUCAUAAAAUCAUUAGUGUAUCUAAUGGUGUUUUAAAACAUUGUUUUAACUGUGUGUUGCAUAUUUUGUGGGAACAAAGAUCAAAAGCUGCUCAUGUGUUAACUAUAUUUUCUUCUCAAUUGUAUGUAAAAUAUAUUUAAUUAAUUGUAGUUUAUACAAUUUUUUUUAAAAAUACAUUUUAAAAAGAUAAAUUUUAGUUUCAUUUAUGAAAAUAACUGUAACAAGUUUAAUUGACAUAUAAUAGAGAACUUAUAUUCCACUAAUAAUUAUCUAAAUUAAUUUUUUUUUUUCAGAGAUAUGCCUAAUGGUUUAUUAGUGAAUGAAAUAGAACGUGAUCAAACUGUUCGUAAAUAUUUAGUAAAAGAAUCUAAGAUUGGUCAAAAUCAAAUGACUAAUAAUAUUAAAAAUCAAUUAUGCCUUGACUUUAUGUUGAACUCAUUCAAGUUUACUGUAUUAAACAAACUUUUGGAAUUUUCUCCAAAAAUUGAUGGUACUAAUUCAACUGAAGAAUGUUUAAGGGAAUUCAUUCAAACUUGUGAACAAAUUUUGGAGGAAACAUGUUCCACUUUAACCAGUUUUAAGAGAAUAUUCAAUUUGAAUUCUUAUUUGAGUCCUGGUGUAUCUGCAAUGAUGAAAUCAUUAUUGAAAUCUGUUGAUGAAGAUGAUAGUGUGUUAAGUAGUUCAAGAUUAAAUAGAAAUUUAAAUGAAGAAAUUAAAAAUAAUCAAGGCAAACAAUUAUUACAAAAUGUAAAUAAUAAAAAGACAAAAAAUUUGAAUAAAGAACAUUUGAAUGGUGAAAAUUUAAAAUCUACUCAUUCUUUCAUUGAUAAUAUAUAUAAAAAGUAUCAUUUAAAAGAUCUCUCGAUUGUUGUAGACCGGUUAGGUGAAUCUGUUGCAUCAAAACUUAAAGAUAUUAAUGUUAAACCAAUGGAUGUAAAUGAUUCUGGCAGUGCAAAAAUUGUUCAUAAUAAUUCUUCGAAUAAAGAUUCUUCUGAUAUAGAAAUUGAUGAAAUGAAUCAUCCUUUAGAAUUAUUUGAUGAUAGUUGUAGUGAUGAAGAGAAAAAUUCACUAACCUUGAGAAGUCGUACUGUAAAAAUAAAUAGAAAGGUAUACUAUAAUUUAUGUAGUUCAUCUUUGUAUAUUAUUUUUGAGUUAUAAACUACAUAAUGUUAAAAUAUUAUGUGAUUUAAUUAAUAUUUAUACUGUACAUUAGUGGCGGGUCAAACUGUUUGUAAUUUGAACUAAACUAUUUAGUACUUGGUACUGUUUAAAAAUUGAAUUUGAAAAUAUUUGUAGAUCCAGACAUCCUUGUCAUAACAGUUUGAAGUCUGACAUUUUAAUUUGAAACAAAUUUAGUUUUACAACUUAAAAAAAUUUUUUUAAAAAUGUUAGUGUUAUAAUAUUAUAAAUACAUUAAUUAGAGACCUUGUACAUUUUUUUUCUUAUCAGUAUUGUCAUAUUUACUGAAAUAUAAAAAAAUCUAUUUUUAUUUUUGAGUAUAUCAUAAGUAGUAAUAUAGUUGUAUGAUAAAAUUAUAUAAUUAAUAUAUUAAAAACAAAUAAAAUUAUAUAUAUAAUACCAUAUAAUUUAUAUUUAUUUUUUAAAUCCUUGAUAUUUUUUCAUAGUUAUUUAAAAAUUAAGAAUAAAAUAAUAAAUAACUUAUUAAGUUAAAAUUCCUAAUACAUGCUACAUGGACAUUUUAAAUUUAAUUUUAAUUGCAUUGCUUUUUGUUCUACAUAGACUUAAAAUAUAUAAUAUUUAAGUAUAAAAAGUAAUUGUAAUUAUAGUUAGUUUAUAUUUUGUUUUCACUUGAAAAAUAAGAAAAAUUUAAGAGUUUGACUGAAAUUUUUAGUUUAUGUUAGAAAAAUAUUCUUUAAGUUUAGUUUGAUGUAAAAGUUUGCCUCAUCACUAUUAUAUACCAUUAUCUCUUUUGACCGCUAAAUAUAUGAGUUUCAUAAAUAUUUUCAAUACAUAAUUAUUUGUGUUAACAUAAUAAGACCAUUGAUUUGAUUAUAUUAAAUUGUUUUUAAUUUUUAAAUUUGUUAUAAUUAUUUAGGGGACAUAUAAAAAUAAAAAAAAAUCAAUUAAAAAUAAUACAAAACUUGAUGAUAAAUCUGAUGAUGAAAAGGAAAUCGAUAGGUAUAGUUCUACUUAUUUUAAAAUAUCAACUGUAAAAAUGUGUAAUAUGUUAAUAUUUUUUGUUUUAGACUUAUAAGAAUGGAUAACAUUCAUAGUUCUUCAAAAAAAAAUAAUAUGAUUGAAAGUGACACCGAAGAUCAAGCUAUUAAUGUUGAUAAUAAACUUUCUGAAGUUCAAAAAAGCUCAAAAAAUAAUGAUAUGUUAGAACUAAUUAAUGAAGUUAUUGAAAAUAACAGUGAAACUGAUUAUGGUAUUUAUAUAUUUAAUUUAUACUAAUACAUUUAUUUAUUAAUAAUAAAAACAAAAAAGGUACUUUGUCCAGUUAUAUAUUUUAUAAAAUUAUAUAUCAUUGAUACUCAUAAAUCAUAAUAAAUAAUAGGCUGCAUAGUAUAUAAUAUAAUAUAAUAAUGAAAUUUUAUUUUUAUACUAACAGGCUUGCGCUCAGGUAAAAAUGGUAAACAUAGCAUAAUGUAAUAUUACAAUAUAUUAAUAAUUAAACAGCAAGUAAAUGCUAAACGGAUUUAUAUAUAAGUCCUCAUUUGCUAGUUUCAUUAAACGAUUAAUUUAUUUAUUAGACGUAUAAUUGAGUAAGCAGAGAAGAAUAUGAAAAGGAGUUAUAUUGCGAGUGAAAUGUGAAGGCAAUUUAAAUUUAACUAGUGAGAGAAGAGAGGGAGCAUCAAUAUCUAAAGAGAUGAGUUUUAUGAGGAAGAAAAUGUUAUGAGAGUAUUAACAGUCAGCUAAUGUGGGUAGGUUGAGUUUAGAUAGGAUGGGGGUAUAGUGAGGAGGGUAGGGAAUUAUCAAAAUGUAACUGUCAUAACAGGAAUUUCCUUUGGACGCUUUCAAGCUGAUGACUCAAAUCAGCAUAAUGAGGAUCCUAAACCACUGAACCACUGAAUAUAAAUUUAUUCCACUAAUAAAAACUAUCUUAACUUUUUUUUAUUAUUUUUAAUGGUCAUCAAUAAGUGUUCAUUUAAAUUAAAGAAGAAUUAGAAUUUAUUUAAUUUUACUCAGCUGAAUAUUUUUAAAAAGUGGGUUACAACAGUUUUUAUAGCAAGAUAUGGGUAAUCAUGUAGAGGCUAAAUAAUUGGGUUUAGUAUGAAAUGCUAACUAUCAGAAUUUCAUUUUAAUUGGUUUUUGAUCAAUUUUAAAUUAAUAUAAUUAUUAUAAUAUUCAAUAUUAUAAAACAUCAUAAACAAAGUUGUUAGGUUUAUGUAUUUCAGUACCAGUAUACAGUGUAUUAAUAUGUUGAUAAAUAUUAAUUAAUAAUUUAAUCAUACUUUUUGAUAUCAAUCAUAGACGUAUUUAAAUUUCUAGUACCUUGAAAUACUGUUCCUUUAUCACUUUCAUAAGGAUAAAUUUUGAAUUUUGAGUGCACUCUUUAUAUUUUUUACUAUAGUGUUUGUAAAUAUACUUUUUUAGGUUCUGCUGAGUAAGUGUAAACUGUUGGAUGGUGUUAAUACUAUAAAAAAUAUUAUUUUAAAUAGAAUACAAAAAAAAAAAAAUAUUAAAAACACCCCUCUUGAUAAUGUUUAGAGUCCUGUGCAAUUAUCCCCUACUUUUUCCUUUAAAUAUCACCCUGUAAAUAAUAUUUAUUUGUAUAUAUAUAUUAAUAUAAUAAACAUAUAAUAUGUUUAUAAUAUAAUAAAUAGUGUUUACUAUAUAUAUAUAAAAAAAUUAUCAAUUUUGGAAUUCAUUUUUAUUUGAUAAUGUAUCUAUUAAAUUAAUGUAUUGAUUAUUUAUUCAGGAACUGAUAACUCGGAAUAUGAAGAUCACUUACUAGACACUGUAAAAAAUAUUUUUAGUGAAAUAAAAUCUAAUGGUGUACAUCAGAUUGAAACCAUAACCCAAAGUGAUGAUGAUACUGGUAAUUCUUUUUGAUUAAGUUUUUAAUUAUAAACUCUAGUGUUCAUGGACUAAUUAGAUAUUUUAUAUAAGUAUUGAAAUUUGUCUAAUACAUAGAAAACAUAAAAUUUAUUUUUAAAAAGAUUUAAACAGUGGUGUGAUUGAGAAUGUAUUAUGAGAAGAAAUACCUAAAUAGAUCUUCAUAAUAAAAAUUUGUGGGAGGCUUCGCUCUUCAAAUCCCCUUACUAACAUUUUACAAUUCAUCACAUAUCAAUAUAGUAAUAUGCCCAGAUCUACACAGAUUUCUUAGGCCUCUUGGUAAGUUCAUUGAUGACCUCUUCAUUAUUUGUAGGUAACCUUUUUUUUUGAUUGCAUACAGCAUAACAAAAUAUUAACAACAAACGGUAGCUAAGUGUAUGAUUUAAUGAUUACUAAUUACUUAUUGUGUAGUCAGAUUGUUUACAUGAAGACAGGCAAUGAAGAAUUGAAAAAUUACGGACUGUGCUACAACACAGAAAUAUUUGUGCAUACUAAAUUUAUAAGAUUGGGUCUCCAUUAAGUCUCCAAGUUACAUUUUAGAUUUGGAAAGUAGUGAGGGAGAUCUAUUACUUUUACUAUGAUAAGUUUUUUUUUCUGCCUGUAAACAACUUUUAAUCAGAAAUCUUGCUUCUAUCAAAAAAUCACAAAAGACAUGUUUUAGUGUAUUAUGGAUUUUUUGAUCAGCAAGUAAAUCUAAGUUACUGUAAAUGUAUUGAUGUACAUUCAACUGACUGAAAGAUUUUUAAAAAUAGUUAUGCUGUUAGAAUAAUUUGUAAUUCACAUUAUUUAUUGUUUAAUAAAGUAGCCUCAGAUCUUGAUCUCAGAAUUUGAUCUCAAAUUUACCUGAAGAACAAACAUAUUCUAAAGCACUAAUUAUAAUGACAUAUAAACAAUAAUUUCCUUCAAACACCCAUUUCACAGCUUUAUCCCUUAACUACCAACAGGUUUCUCCUAUUGUUUUGAAGUUUUCUGAUUUUUUGAUUAUGUAAUAAUUUGUCUUGGUUUUUCUUCCAAACAUUCAUGCAUUUAUAAAAUGUAUUUAAUUGAUUUAAUAGAUCAAACUAUAUUAAUUGUUAAUAAGUGAUUACAAAUGAAUAAAACAUCAUUCUCCCAUUCUCUUUGAACAGCGUUUCCUUUUGCGUAAUAAUGAUUGUUUAUGCGAAAAUAACUAGAUCAACUCAAUAAAUGUACAAUUAAUAGAUAAAUAAAAAAAAGGUUAAUAUUAAGAUUAAAGAUUAAUUAGAUUUGAAUUUGUGAUUAAGUCUACUUGAUUUUUAAAUCAAAAAACAAAUUAUUACAUGAUCAACUAAAUCCAAAAAAGGUCACUCGUCGUUUUUAUAUUGGAUAAACAUUUCUGGUAGAAAUAAUUAAAAUCGGUAAAACCACAGUCUGCCAACAAAUAUUUACUGUUUUACUCAUAAAUUAUGUUUCCUGUUUAUCACAAUUAUUUUAAAAACUUUGUAAAUCAAUAAAUAAUUUGUUUAAUGAACAAUAAGAUAAAAUUUCCUUUUAAAAAGGUCUUAUAUAUGAUACAUCGGAACAAGUUUUCUUUUCAAAAAGUUAUUAACAAAAAGGAAAAAACAUAUCAAACUAAUAGAUCCCAACAUAAUAGAUUCUACAUUCUGAAUCUAAAAUAGCAAAAAGUAGAAAGGUCGAUCUGAAGUAGUUUAGGGUGGCCAGAUUUAAUUUUUAGAAAUUCGGGACAUCAAAAUUCAUAAAAAAUAGGUAAUUAUCUAGUAAGUAUAUAAUUACAUAGGUAUUUGUAUAUAACUUUUAGGUAUAGAUAAUAUUCAAAUUAAUCAAUUAGAUAGGCCAUCUUUAUUUAAUUAACACUCAAAAUUCAAAUAAAAAUAAUAAUAUAAUUUCCAGUUGUCGUUGAGAUAAAUAUACUAAUCUAGGUAGAAUUUACUGAUUUAUUAUUUUUCUUUAUUUUUGUCGUCCAAGGAGACUUUAUAUUUUUCAGUGCUGUGUAUUUUCUUCAGAAAUGUAGGAUUUUUUAUUAUUUCAUUGUAAAAUUCAAUGCAACUCAAGCCAUAUGUUUUUGUUGUCAGACAAAAUUUAGAAAGCGAUUAUAACUGUGAUUGUCGUACAUUCCAACGUUCGUUAUCGAAAUAAUUUACGAUUAGGAUUUGUUUAAAUUAAAUCGAUAACCGAGUAAGCAAAAGAAAUACCAAUUUAAAAAUGAUUUUAAUUUCCGGUACAUUACUAUGCAAAAGUCCAAAUCCGGUACAAAUCGGUGUCCCGAGAACUUUGUCUGGGACGCCGGGACGUGGGUUCCUAAACCGGUAAUGUCCCGGGAAAUCCGGGACGAAUGGCCACCCUAAAGUAGGUGCAUAGUCACAUCACAGACCCAUCCAUGUGGACAAUACCUUCAAUAAUAAUGAUCGUUUAUGCUACGUUUACAUUCAGCCAUUGGCCAAUGGCUCCUCGCGCUAUCGUAGUUGCUUCACAAAAUAAUUUGCAGCGAGUGUUUAUGUAUUAUAUUGCCCUGAUAUUUUUACUGCGUUAUCAACAACCUAACCGGCAAUGCGAGUGUGAUUUACGUACUCACGCUCGCAUUGCCGGUCAUAUUGUCGCUCGCGCUGCUCAACUUAUCGCUGUUGACGGGAGCGUGGGGUAGCGACAAUGCAGGGAGCAUGGUCAGCGCGAGUGACGGGUUUACAUACUUGCGCAGCCGACUUUCAUGCACACUUCCCUGCUCACUGCCACGGAAGUGGGCUGAAAGUAAAUGAGGAGUUAAAUACUAACUCAAUACAUGCUAUUAUAAGAUAUUAUUAGGUAAAUCGGCGUUUAUACUUUAUUUGGCAGGCUAUAGAAGACGUUUUAAAAACAAUUGGUGCGAAUGCACACACAAUGCAUCCUUCCAAAUGACGUCUCUGAAUAUACUUACUUUCAGAUAUAAAAAAAGUAGUUUCAUGUCUUAUGUUGGAAAAUGUGUAGAUUAUUUUACUUUUGCUGUGUCCUUCUGGUUAUCGUAAACACGCGUAUUAAAACGAAAUUAAAAUGACGCCUUUGGGUAAAACCCAAAUUUUAACGAAACCGCACAAAAACAAAAACAAUAGUAUAAUAAUACGGAUCACGGUAUUAAAAUAUAUGACCGUGGAGGAGUAGACGGUAAAAUUAAUAAUAAUUAUAUGAUUAUAAAAGGUGUUUUAUUAUUAUAUCGUAGGUAUUUUUUUUUUAUUUGUAAAUAUGCAUAAUUAUCUAAUUCAUAUUACGUCAGUUAUUAAUUUUUUACAUGUAAGUAUUUAAUAUCUGAUUUAUUAAUUUGAACCACUCGAUAUAUAAAACUAUGACAUUCUGGUGGGUUUUGACUGGUAGAAGAUUUACUAGGGCUAAUGAUUUUUUUUCUGUAUAUUUUGAUUUUAACUGUUAAUAACUUAUUAAGAAAUUAAAAUAUCAGACAAAUAAUUUGUUGUUGCUCUAAACCUAAAUACUCUUUGUACAAUAUAUUACCUAUUAUGUUCCUCUGUCCAAAACUCAAUAUUGAAAGUGCGAAAUGUUAUUAUUGUUAUAUUGCGCAGAAAACUGAGAGAAACAAAUGGCAUUGAUGAGGUCAAUGAACUUUAAGGCAGAAAAAUUAUUUUUAUCCCAUUAAAAAAAAAAAAAUAUAUAUAUUAUGUUUUUUAUACAACAUGAUUACUAAAACUAUUUUGUUUAUUUAGAUGACAGUUGUAUAAAUGAAGUGGUUAAUUUGUGCUUACCUGCCUGUAAAGAAAAAAAUUCGAAAAAGAGCAAAGAAAACAAAUUUGAAAUGAAAACUACUAGUGAUAUGUCAGAUGAAUUAGAUAGUGACAAAAACAAGGUAAAUUUGAAUGAUUAUAUAAUAUGUAUAAUGUAGAUUAAUAAAUACUAUAUUCUAGAUUGUGACCAUUGAAAUAAACUUUUUAAAUUUGUAUUUCAGAGUUAUUUAAAAAUUAUAAUUUUUUUAUAAUUAAAAUAUUUCAUUAUUUAAAUAGUUAUAUAUAACUUAUAAUAUUACCUACCUACUAUUAUAAUUAAAAAUUGAAAUAAUUUAAUCUUUUAGGAAUCAUCAUCAGAUGAAUCAAUUGUGUCUUAUUCAAAACCCAAUGCACUAUCAAAGUUGUUGUUACCAUUAUCUAGUGAUAGUGAUUCUGACUUUAAUGGAGGGAAAAAGGUCAGAGGCAAAAAAAGGUACUUUGUUUAUUCUUUGUAUUGAUAGCUUAACUGCUAGAAGUGUGAGAACUCUUAGAUUUCCAUAUAUGAUUUCUUAGCAGGGUCCAGUAUUUAAUAAAAGUAUAUGAAUUGCAAAAAAAAAAUAUAUAUAUUUAAUUAGAUAGAUAUGUCAUAACCUAGGUAAAGUUGGGAACUUAAAUUUGCAUUAAAUUUCUGUUAUUCCUUAUGUUGUAUGUCAUGCUCAUUUCGAGAUAAAACAAUUUUUGAUGCAAGGUUUUAUUUUUAACAGAAUUUAUGUUCACCUUCUUAAUAAUCAUUAGAUCUUUAUAAUUUUACAGAAAAGUAGCUUCAUCUGAUCAAUCAGAUUCAUCAUCUAAGUUUUUUAAAAAAUCGCCAAAAAAGCAAAGAAAAAUUAAUGUUCAUAAAAAAUCCUUUUUUGAUGUGUCUAGUGAUAGCUCUGACAACAGUUCUGAUGUUAUCACUCCUAAAAAACGUAGACAAAUGUAAGUUAACAAAUCAUUUAAGAUAUUUUAAAUUGUAGUUAUUCAAUUCAGUAUUUUAUUUUUUAGCAAUCAAAUUUCUAGUAAUGAAUCGAGUUAUAACACUGAUGAAUCAAGUAUUAACAGUGAUGACAGUGUGGCUAAUAUUGUAAGUUUUAAAACAAAUUGUUUUAACAAAUCAUUUUGCUUAUACUAAUUCGCCUGCACCUACCUCUCAAUUCAAUCCUGGGUUUUAAUUUAUUAAUAUUAUUUUAAGUGAGAUAUGUAAUCUAAUGAUAAUUAAAUUACACAAAUUAUAGUAUAUAAUUGAAUAUUUUAAUUCUUAAAUUAAAUAUAUCUGAAAAAGUAAAUUAUUUAAAAUUUAAUGUUUAAUAUUGAAGGUUUGUUUUUCAUAAAGACGUUCAGAUAGUAAAAAGCUUAUAAGCUUUACAAUUCUAGAUUCUGAGUGUAGCGAGGGAGCUGUUGGUUUUAUUAAAUGUUUUUUUUUUUUCUUCUAGUCUGUCGACUCGGUUUUUCCUAGUAAACUCCAAUUUUUUUUGUGUGUUGCAACUUUUUUGAAAGCUCAAGUUGUCUAGAUGGUACUUUAAAGAGGUCAUUUUUUGACGUUUGACACCAUUUUUUAAAUAAAAGCUUUAAGUGGGAAAAAACGUAGGAAAACGUACAAUUUUACGAUUUCAUUAUUUUAUAAAAACACGGAAACCACCUACCAGAAAAAAUUAUUUAAUUAAAAAAUCAAAAGAUACCUUUUUGAUUUACUUUCUUACGGUACCAUCGCUAAAACUUUUGAACUUUUAAGGAAUUUUAAUUUUUUUGCUGUAAUUCGGUUAUAAAUACACGAAAAGACUUGAAACUUAGUAAUAGUACUCAUAUUGGACUUAUCUAGACGUGGUAAAAUUUUCAAAAUCAUCAGACGACUUUUUUAAUAAAUGUUUUGAAAUUGAAUUUAAACAAAAAUCGCAAAAAAAAUUAUGACACUUCAAAUUAUGCUCUCGGAAUCAUCUUUCGUCAAGCAAUGGUUUAUUGUUACAGACAUAAAUGAAAUAAACUUAUGUAUCCUACUUUCCCAACUUCUCACCUACAACAGUGGCUGCUCCCAUCUCCAGUAUCAGCUCUUUUUUUUUCUUUUAUCUAUUUUAAUAUCUUAAUAAUUGACUAUUAUAAUUAAAUUUAAAUCCUAAUUAUUUUUUAGACUUUCGGUUUAAUGUAAUUAUUGUUAAUUUUCUUAAUAUGUAUUCAUUAAUAAUAAUAAAUAAAAAUGUACAUACACCAAAUAGCAAAAAUUAUAUUCAUAAUCUUUUAGAGCAGAGUUUUCCAAACUAUGGUUCGUGAACCCCUAAUAGGUCUGCACGUUAACCUGAGAAGGUGUGCUAAUGUAAAUUGAAAAUUUUAUAUUUAAAAACAAAAAUACUGAUUUAACAUUAGUAUCACACAGAGAAAUAUUUGGUUAAAUAUAAGCAUACUAUCGAAAUGGUUAUUGUUAAAAAGCAAUUAAUAUAUCUUUGUAAAUUAUAUACCUAUUUAUCCAUCUAUUUUUCUUAUAAUAUCUUUAUUACCAAUUUAAGGGGUCUGCGAUCAUUUUUACUAUCUCUAAGGGGUCUGACAGAGAAAAAGUUUGGGGAACAUUGUCCUUGAGUAUUACACUGAUCAAAUAAUAAUUUUGCAAAAAUAUCAACCCUCUCUUAAUCUACUUUUUUUUGCAAUGAUUAUAAUGACUAUGUUUUUAUUUGUCUCUUUAAAUUGUAUUAUGAUUCUAUUAAAAAUUAAAAUAUUGUUAAAAUAUAUCUGCAUUAUUAUUUAAUAUAAUAUUUACUUUGAAAUCCCUUUAUAUAUUAUUACCUACUUUUAACUUUCACCAUUCCAUAUUCUAUCUUUUCAAUUUGGCUAAUUUAAUUAUUAUUAAAUGGUAACUACUAUUUUCAGUCUUUAGCCAUCAUUACAAUAUUGCAAAUAAUAGAAUAAAUAAAAUAUGAAAAUAAAUUAUUUAAUUAUAUUUAUCAAUAUAUUUAUAAGUAUGAUUCUGAGUACUCUUUUUAGAUAUAUGUUAUUAUGAUAAACUUUAAUUGGGGAUUUCUAAAAAUUAUUUUUUAACUGCCCUUAUAAAAAAGAAGCUAAUGAAAGAGCCAUUUAUUAAAAUCCAUAAUUAGUACCUUGAAUACUAAAAUAAUUAUUAUUUUUGAUAUUCAGAUAUUUGUUUUUAGUUUAUUUUAGUGAUUGCAUAAUAAUUUUUGUGUAGUUAAACAACAGUUUUCCGAAUAAAAAUGUGACCCAUGAAUUUUACUCUGAAUUUCAUGUUUAUUAUGAAGAAAAAAAAUUUAUAUUAAAACGUAGCAAGAAAUCUUAUUAGACAUAAAUGUAAAAAAAUGUAUUAAUCAACUACUUUAGUUUCAACAUAGAACUUUCAAUUUGGUUUUAAUAUCCGGUCACUGAUAGAACAUUUAAAAAUGGUUUAUUUUAUAUAUAGAUAAUUGAAAAAAAAACAAAACAAAAUAUAAAUAUAAACAUAUUGUUACAUUGAAAUUAAAUGCAAGUUAUUUUUUUUUAUUAGCCAAAAAAGAAAGGAAGAAAAAAUAUACGUAAAUUAAAAACAAAUGAAGAACUUAGUGAAAUAACUAAAAGUGCUUUAUUUGAAGAAGAAUCGCGCAUAAAACGCAUGGAACAACGACAAAAACUUGUAAGUAUAAAUUAUAAUACAAUUUUAUUUUAAAACUCAUUUUUUUUUGUACGAAUCAAACAUAUGUUUGUAUAAUUUUAGUACAAUCAAAUUUAUGAAUUACCAAGACAAGCGGUAUCCUGUGAAAAAGUAGUUUUGGAUUUUGAUCCAAAAACAAAAGAGGAACUUGUUGUAGUACAUCCAGAUAUUGUGAAGUUCCUCAAACCACACCAGGUUAAAUUUAAAUAAAAAAAAAAAUUAAAAUUUUAGUUUUUUUGCUUUCAAUAUUCUUGAACAUCAGAACAAAAGUAUCUCUUAGUAUUUAUUACUACAUGUAUAUUGUUAAAAAAAAUUUUUAAUUUUUUAGGUAGAAGGAGUAAAAUUUAUGUGGAAUUCGGUAUUUGAAUCUUUGGCUCGCAUUAAAGAACAUACAGGAAGUGGAUCAAUAUUAGCUCAUUGUAUGGGUUUAGGUAAAACAUUACAGGUUUGUACUUGAAAUUUAAAUUGUAACAAUUUUAUUUUUACAAUAUUGACAAACUUGACAAAUAAUUAUAUUAGUUAAAUCAAAUUUUUAAAAGUAUUUAAUUAUUUGGAUUUAUUCAAGUUAUAAAUAAAUUUAAUAUUUUAUUCACGUUCCAUUAAUUUUUUUGAAAAUAUCUAAAGUUCAGAAAUCAUUGUAAAGUUGUGUUUACAUAGAUAAAUAAAAUCUUGAGUAUUAACCGCAGUGUAAGUUAGUACUGGUUCGAACUUGGCUAUGUUUAUACUUAACCAAGGGUUAGACAAUGAGUUGGAUAGUUGGAAAACGUUAGAUGAUAAGUGAUAAGGUGACUAUCAAAUGGAAUCUGUUUAAAGUUUAGACUGAAGGCGUAAGAUAGAAUGCAUUCAUAGAAUUUAUUACCCUUCUCUAUUCCUCCAGUCUAAACUUUAAACUGUUAAAAUUCAUAAUCGAUAAAUCUGAUAUGCAUAUCAAAUUUUCUAGAAAAAUAAUCUCUAAUCAAAUCUGUGUUGAAAAAGGAAGGUUCCUAUUUGAAAAAUAAAAGUUACACUUAUUUAAGGUAUAUGGAGUAGAGAUAAAAAUAAAAAUGGUUUUAAAAUAAAGCUUAACUGAUCCCAUGAUUAAAAAAAAAUAGGAAUCAAAUUCAUUUUAAAAUCCUCCGAGAAAAUUAGUCAUUUACGAUAAAAAAAAAAAAAAUCACCCUAUAUAUAAUGUUAUCAAUUUUUAAAUAUAUCAGUGAAAGAUUUUAAAAUGGGGAAUUGCAGCAAUAUUAAAAAAAUAAUUUCAAUUCAUAGUAAUAAUAUUUUGGAGCGCUAACUAUUAAGUUUUAUAACUUGAUUUGGUGGUUUAAUUUGUUGGUCACUAAUAUUUACUUAUCUUAGCAGUAUUAUCCUAGACUGUAGUGUAAACCAUCUAAACAAUUAAAUAUUAAAUAUUAAAAACGAAAAAAAAAACAGGAUUUGUAGAGUAAUUUAAUAUAUAUCUGUAUACAAAAAUAAAUCAUUGCCAAUGGAAAACAAUUUUAAAAAAGUUAUGUUGAACAUAUUUUGUUAAACUGCAAAAUUGUAUUAAUUGAGAUUACAAUAAAUGCCAUUAUUUUUGUUUGUUUCAAAUUAUUUGAGCAGUUUUAUGAAUUCAAUAAAAUUAAUAUAUCUACUUAAUUUAGAAAAUAAUACUUGAAAUGUCAUGUUUUUAACAAUUUUAAUCAAAAUUUAAACUUAAAAGUUUAACAAAAAUUACAAUAAUGAAUUUAAUUGUCUUUUUCAGGUUGUAGCAUUAAUUCAUACUUUAUUUAGGUACCCAGAAACUGGUAUUAAAACUGUGUUAAUUAUUACUCCUCGUGCAAUAAUUGAAAAUUGGCAUAAUGAGUUCAAUAAAUGGUUAAGAGAUGUUUCUGAAGAAAAAAAAUUCUUUAUAUACAACUUGGUUGAGUAAGAAUUAAAAUUACAAAACAAUUUAAUUUGAGUUAUGUAAAUAAUCAUGUUUUUAGAUUAAAAACGCAUGAGAGUCGAAAAAAUGUGAUUUCAGAAUGGAAAAACAAUCGCGGUGUAUUAAUUAUAAGCUACCAGUUGUAUAAAACUGUUAUAAAUAAAUCACAAAAGAAUAUUACUGUCUUUUUAGAAGGAUUAGUUGACCCAGGACCUGAUUUGGUCAUUUGUGAUGAAGGACACAUAAUAAAAAAUCAAGCUACUGCAGUAGCAAAGACAAUAAAUCGUAUUAAAACACUUAGAAGAAUACUGUUAACAGGAACACCAUUACAAAAUAAUUUAAAAGAAUGUAUGUUUAUUCGGCUAUGUAAUUAUGUUUAUUAAUCAAGGUUUCUUUUUUAGUAAUGUUAAAACAAUUUAUUUUAUACUUUUUUACAGACCAUUGUAUGGUUGAUUUUAUCCGUCCCAAUUUGUUAGGAUCAAUAAAAGAAUUUACUAACCGUUUUAUAAAUCCAAUAACUAAUGGACAAUAUUCUGAUUCAACUGUAAAUGAUGUUAAAGUAAUGAAGAGAAGGUCACAUGUAUUGCAUAGAAUGCUUGAAGGAUUUGUACAGGUAAUUGGAUUAUAUUUUAUAUGCAAUAAGGAGUAAUUUAUGUAUAACAAUUAUAUAUAUUUUGUUAAUAAUCUUAAAGUUACCUAAUAAAAGUAUUCAGUUAUAGACAUGAACUAUUCAAUUUAAUUAUAUAGUUUUACUAGAAGAAAUUGAUUAUCUAGCUUAAUAAUCUCCGAUAGAUUAACACAUGGUAAAAAAUAAGCAUGCAACAAAUUAUAAUUUUUUAACCCAUUAAUUUAAAAUUUAUUAUCUUAUUUGGUUUUAAAAUACCUACGAUUUCAGGGCAAACACUUUUUAUUUCAAUUGAUAUUGUUGAUAGAUUUUCAUAAAAAAAAUCCUGUGGAGUACAUUGUCUUUUAUAAUAUAAUUAUAAUUUUAUAAUAUGAAAAUUACCGGCCUGUGGUUCUAAGGUGUAUGAUAUUUGUACCAAAUUGAUAACUAGUGAGUUGUUAAAUUGAGAAAAAAAAUAUUAAAAUGAAUUUGUGUUGAAAUUCCAAAUUAAUGUUAUUUCUAUAAUUAAAACAGUACUCGUUAUAGAACUGUAUGCAGCUUCUUUCUAAAACAUUGUUAUAUAAAAUAGUUAUAACUUACAAAAAAAAACCAAUAUAACUUUUUUAAUUAUAAUUGUUAAAAAAAAUUUAAAUACAGCCAUCAUUAUUAUUCCCAUCUUUGGGUUUGUUUAUCUGUGUUAAACUAUAAUUUCAAUCUAAACACCUCUAUUUACGUUUUAAGUAAGUUUAUUUUAUUAUAUUGUUCAUUAGUCGAGUAACUAAGUACUGAGACAGUAAAUGCAGGUUUGGGGGCCUCUUAACAAUAUCGGGCAAUUUAAUAAUAUAUAAAAGUUCUUAUUUAUAAAGUUUGUGUAUAAAAAUCAAAAGAAAAUAAAUCUGUUCUAUGAUACUGGAGACGGUUGUGGCCUCUGUUAUAGGUGAGUAGCUGGGAAGGUAGUAGAGGGGAAAUUUAAUGUAUAAUAUACAUAUAUUAUCUAUAAGCAAUGAUAAAUCAUUGCAAACGAAAACAAAUGAUUGAGUGUAAUUCGGUUGAUAGUGUUACUUUUUCAAUAAUGUAUGGUAACAUAUUAUGGUAAAAUAAUGACAUAUGCAUUAUAGAUUUUUUUGUUUAAUAUUGUACCUUAUUUUCAGUUUUUCCCAGUUUUCUCUUGUUUAUUCCUGGUUUUUUCAUUUAUUGGGAAAAUUCUUGGGAAAAUCAAGACUUGACUUCCUAAAGUACCUCCUCAGUUUGAUUUCCCUUCAGGAAAAUUGUUAUGAUUGUAUAUUUGAGCAAAAUUACUGGUAGAAAAGUUGUCCACUGAAAAAAAAGGACUGUCAUAUAUUUUACUAAUAUAUUGUGUACAUUUCCUUUUUUUCAAUUUGUUGGGAAAACUCUUGGGAAAAUCGAAAAAUGACCUUCUUAAAGUACCUUCCCAGUCGGAUUUCUCGAUUGGAAAAUCAGGAAUUUCUCACUCCACUCAAAAUCUAAAACUUAUAAUGAACUCUCUUUUGCAUCUGAGAAUUCAAGAAUAAAUUAUUGCUUGUGUUUACAUUUAAAUAUAUGCUAAUUAAUCAAUAAUCAGUGUUUAAUAGUUAUAUGUUUAUUAUUAUUUUUAGAGAUGUGACUACAGUGUUCUUACACCUUUUUUACCACCUAAACAUGAAUAUGUAAUUUAUUUGAAAAUGGCUGAUAAACAAAUAGAAUUGUAUAGACAUUAUUUGGAUAAUCACAGACAACCCGAGUUAUUUACUAAUUAUAAUAUACUUCAAAUGAUUUGGACUCAUCCUAAACUAUUAAAAUUAUAUUCAAAACGAACAGAAACAAAAAGAGAAGUAUAUAAAUACAAUUUUAUUUUACUUGUGAUGGUAUAAAAAAAUGUUUUAUAUUCUUAAUAGAAAGAAAAAUUGAAAAUCAUUGAGAGCAAUUUUAUGCAAGAUGAAAGUAGUGAUGAUAAUAGUGCAAAUUCAGCUGAAGAUAUUGAACCUGUUGAAGGUAAGUUUAAUUUAUUAUUUUAUAUAUUUUAAUUAUAGAAUUAUCUAAAUUUGUUUUAUAAAAUAUAGUUUAAUAUACAUAGGUUGGACAAACUAUAGUCCUUGUUUGCUCUAUCUUGUCGAUGAUUUUAUAUUAUAUAAUAGUUUAAUAUCUAGUGAUAAGUAGGGUUUGAAUUUGAAAUAUAAAAUAAAUCAAUUAAGAACUCACCAUGCCUGUAUGUCUUUCUAAUAGGCCACAAAGUCAUGAAUAUUGUUAUGCUAUACUGCCCUUUUAAGGAAGAAUGCUACAUGUGUGUCAUUUGUGCCAUUUGAAAAAAAAAUGCAUUUUUAUGUUUAGUCAUUAUGGUAGUUUUAUCCUCAUAAAUAUGUUUUUAAUGUUAAAAUCAUUAUUUUCUAAGGUUAUAUAUACCUACUUGACAAAAAAAAUCAAUGGAACUUUUAUAUUUUAUUUUAAACUACUUUACCAUUAAGAUAUUCUGAUUUUGAUUAUUUAUGCUAAGUACAUUAUUAAUUAUUUACAAUUAUUUGUUUAGUAAAAAUACCAUAAUUCUGUGAUGAUAAUAAUAAUAAUAAUAAUAUUCAUAAUACAGAGUGUCCCACGGAGAUAUACCCCUUGAAUAUCUCCAGAAAUUAUAAAGACAGUCAAAUUCUGUUAUUUUCAUAUUACUCACAGGAAAGAUGAGGACUACAAAUAUUUAUAUUUGAAUUAAUUUUUUUUUUAAAUUAAAAAAAUGUCUUUAUUUUGUUAUUUUUGGAAAAUUUUAAGGUAGUCAUUCAGUAGAAUUAAUUUUUCUGAAUAUUUUAAUGUAUCACACAUUUAUAUCCAAUUAAUAUUUUCUAAGUAACACCCUAGGGAAUAGCCCAACAGCGUUACAUGAUAACCAGAUUUCACACAGAAUUUAAACGGCUGUUACUUAGAAACUAUUCAUUUGAUAUAAAUGUGUGAUACAUUAAAAUUUUCUGAAAAUAAUAAAAAAAAAAAUUAAUUAAAAUAUAAAUAUCUGUAGUCCUCAUCCCUGUGAGUAAUAUGAAAAAAAACAGAAUUGGACUGUCUUUAUUAUUUCCGGAGAUAUUCAAGGGGUAUAUCUUCAUGAUGGGACAGCCUGUAGUAUACUGAUAUUUCAAUCAUUACGAUUAAAAAAAAAAACUCUACAUUAUUAUUUUUAUUUAUUAUAAUUAUAAUUAACUAGAUAUAGUUUACUUGAUGUUAAAUCUAAAAAUUAUCAUCAAUUAUUAUAUUUCUUUUCCAUAUUUAUUUUUUAACACUAUUCAUUAUAACAGCUUAUAAAAAUUAUAAUUACUUAGUUGUAGAUUAUAAUUAGAGUAGAAAUAGUAAUUAAUGUCCAAUCUUAAAAUUAAUAAUAAUAUAUUUUUUCACAUUAUAAAUUUUUAACCCUAGAGUAUUUGCAUCACGGUCUAAAAGACUGGGUUUUUAGAAUUUUGUUCAUUUUUCUAAAUACCACACAAAUAUAUAUAUAUAUAUAUAUUUUUAAAAAUGCAGAAUAUUAAUCUAAUCCCACCUAGGUACUCUCUAAUUAGGCUAAACUAAAAUUGGAUACAACUCCAAACUGUAUGCAAUUUGAUGUCUGUAUUAUAGAAGAGUUCAAAGUUAAUUACCUAUUAAAGUACAGUCUAACAGACAGUGUGCAUUUUACUACAUUGUAAAAUUUGUUAGGUGUGAUGACAAUGAAAAUGUUGUUAUCUAUUAUUGAAUUAAAUAAGUAUGUGUGCAGUAAAUGCAGCAAAAUCACUAACACUAUAAAUAAUUUAAUGUGAAAUCAUAAGAUACUAGUUUCCUAAACAAAAAAAAUAUAUUAUAUGUUAAAUAUAAAUUAUGAAUAAGUGCUGAGUAAAGCUACAUUUGAAAUAAAUCUUAUCUCGGUAGAUAAUCUCUUAAGAGAGAUGGUAAUGCAAAUAGUAAUUACGACAUUUUUAUUUAUCAAUUAUUUUAAUUUAAAUUUCGGAAAUCUUGUUUUCUUAUAAGUGUACAUUUCUAGAUAAAUAACCAAUGUUGACAAUUUUUUAUCUAUAAAAAAUGUGUAAAACUAGUAUAUUACAUGUCUUAGAGUAUUUUAUUUUUAUACUUCGUCCACUGAAAGAACACAACUGGACAGCGACUAAAAUUCGCCAUUUUCGCAUAUUUUCCAUUAGAUGGUGGAGCUUGUUUUCUUUGAUGAAGUAUAAUAAUGAGUUUUAUAUAUUUUCGUAUUAUACUAGUAGGUCUUUUUUGAAAAAUAUGUUAUUCAGGAUGAAAUUAGUCUACAUAAAAUUUGGAAAAUAUAAUGUAUAUUAUAUAUUAUAAAAAUAGAAUAUCUAUUUUGGAACUGAUAAAAUAAAUAAUGAAUUUAUAAGGGGUAGCAUAAGUGUUGUUUCAACAAUUUGUAAGAUGAGAAAGAAUAAACGUAGGUGGUUUGGACAUGUGAUGAGAAGAGCUGUAAGAGUUCUAACGGCUUAAUUUAAAUGGAAUCAUUUAAACACGAUUGAGAGUGAGAUAUUAUGAGGACUGUUAGAUCUGUGAUCAAUGUGGUCGACCCUUUGAAUAUUUGACCUGACUUUUAGAAAAAGAUUAAUUGAUAUGGUCUAGUUUUGUGUUAAGUGGUCUGACUAUAAUUAUAAAAUAUUAAUAUUUAAAUAGUUGAGAAAAUUACCACGGGCUCAUAAUAAAAAACAAAAUAAAAUAAUAAUUUUGAAUUUGUUUAUACAAUUGAUUUUUUUGUUUUUUUCAACUGAACUUAUUCAAAUUUCAGUAACAGAUUUAACCGGAGCUAAGAGUCCAGAUUUAGAUCAUAACUGGUGGAAACCUUUAGUGUCAAAAAAUGAUUUAGAAAGUAUACACCCUUAUUCAAAGUUUUUAAUGAUGUUUUCAAUACUUAAAGAAAGUGAAGAAAUAGGUGAUAAAGUGUAAGUAUGUUUAUAUAUUAGUUAAUGUAUUUAUUAUAUGAUAUGCUAAAUAAUAUAAGUAUUAGAUCCAAAGUUGAACCCCUAAAAUUGAAAAACUAAAAUAUUGCUCUAUAUAUAUAAGUGAAUAAUGAAUGAAUGUCAAUCAUUUAAAACAAUAUUGAACAUUUUUCUGCUUUUUACAUUAAAUGUACCCACACAGGAAUAAUUUUGAAUUCGUUUUAUGUUUAAAUUUGUGAAUAUAAAUGUUAUGUGUUAACUAAUUUUUUUUUGUAGGAUACUGUUUAGCCAGUCAUUAUUCACUCUCAAUUUGAUACAAAACAUGUUAGAUAAUGCUGAAGAUUUCUCAGAAGAUAAUGGUGGUUUUUAUGGUAAAUCAUGGGUUGAAGGUGAAGACUAUUUUAGAAUUGAUGGUUCAGUAUCUGGGAAAAUCAGAGAAGAUUGUUGUCAUAAAUUUAAUGAUCUCAAAAAUACCAAGUACUUUAAUUUUAUUUAUUAUUAUUAGAUUUUAAGUAUAACAAAGAAGCUAUUAUUUUUUAAUUAAUUUGUAAUGGUUAUAUGGUGAUAAUACAAAUAUAUUGCCUGAUUGUAUCUUAUUUGAAUUUUUUUUAAAAUGUCUAAAAUUGUAAAAAAUUGUUUAUAUUUUUUUUGAAUACAUUUGGUGUCAGGCAAAUGCUUGAAUUUGUCUUGCAAAACCUCAAAAGAUGCGGAAUUUCUGCUCGGUAGUACUUUGUUUGAAACUAUUAAAAUUUUCUUUGGGGUUCUUUUUAUUAAUUUUACUUGUUUCUUUGGCAAUUAAGGAAAACAUGACUAAUAUUAUUUCACACAGAAUUAUUUUUUGUUUGCAAUGAUUUUAUCGUUACAUACACUAUAUAAGCUAAAUUGCCAUGUAUAUCCAUAUAUGAUGAGCGGUGUCAAUUUUUUAUUAUUACUAUGUUACUAUUUACAAUUUAUAAAACAAUUUUUUUUCAGAUUGCGUCUUUUAUUAUUGUCCACAAAAGCGUUUAAUUUGGGUAUAAAUCUUGUUGGUGCCAAUCGAGUUAUUAUUUUUGAUGUAACAUGGAAUCCAUCUUUAAAUGUUCAAAGUAUAUUUCGUAUAUUUAGAUUUGGACAGAGCAAGCCAUGCUAUAUUUAUAGAUUGAUUUCUGAGGUAAAUACAAAUAAAAUUAUUUAUAGGAAAUAGGGUACCUUUUAAAAAAUGUUAUUGAGAAAUGUUAAAUACAUACAAUUUUUAUAUUUUAAAUAUUAUCUGAAUAUUUAUUUAUGUUUGUCUGAAAACACAUACACCUUAUUAUAUCAUAAUGUAAUAUUUCAGGGUACAAUGGAACAAAAAAUAUAUGAACGACAAAUAUCAAAAUUAUCAAUGGCCUUUCGUGUUGUAGAUGAGCACCAAAUUGAUCGCCAUUUUAAUGCUAAAGAUCAGGAAGAACUUUAUGAAUUUGAACCAAACACUACUGAACCUAAAUCAACAUUAAAUUUACCUAAGGUAUAAUACAUGCUCUUAGAAUUAUUAUGCAUUAAUUUUAUUAUUAUUAUUUUAUUUUUGAUAUUAUAUUAGUAUUGUUAUUAAUUCUUGUAGGAUCGUUUGAUGGCUGAAUUAAUAUUGAAGCACAAGGACCUUGUAAUGGACAUAUUAGAGCAUGACUCAUUGUUACAGAACAAUGAGGCAGAAGAAUUAGAUGAAUCUGAUAGGAAUGCUGCAUGGGAAGAUUAUCAAAAAGAAAAAGCUGGCUUAAGUAGAGCUACGGAAAGUGUAGUCAAUCAAUUUACAAGGGAAAGUAUGGUAAACAACCCGAUAUAUAACCAAUUAAAUUCAUUUGCAAGUAAGUUAAUAAACCUAUUAAAUAAUAUAUUUUAAGUUAAAAAAGUAUUAAAACUUGUUAAAGUUUUAUAAUUAUUUCAAUUCUUUAUAUAAAAAAUAAUGGGUAUAUUUUUGUUGUAUACUUGUACAUUUAUGUAUACAUUCUUAAUUUUGAUAAUUUUAGUUUAAUUAUUAGUAUUUUAUUCAGAACUGUAAACUAAGAAAUAUAUGUUUAUAGAUUUACAAAACACUACAAUUUUAUUUUUUAAACUUGCUUGUUUAAAUUUAAAUUUGAAGUGAUUUUUAAAAAAAAAUUAACGGAAUAUUACAAGAUAUGAAAAACAUUAUUUAAACAAUAUUGAACUAUUUAAUGCUUUUUGGUAGCAAUCUGUGUUAAGCCUAGUUUACACGAUGACGCUAAUGCCAUGACAUGUAUGACACUGUUCAAAAUUUGAUGCCACAGUGUCAAGUGCCAUGACAAACGUGCUGUUCACAUGUAGUGGGAAAAAGUUGUUUCAUAGUACUAUAUCAGUAGCGGUGUUUUGUAUGCGAAAUUAUAAAAAAUAUUUAAAAAUUUAAUUAAUCUAAAAAUUUAAAUUGAUGUAAUUUUAUAUAUGUUAAAAAAUGUUAUUCUAUUUAUGCCACAACACAAAUAAUAUUAUUACUAUAAAAAUGUAUUUUCAAUUCAAAAACAAAAUGUGUAUUUCAUUAAAUACCAAGGAUAAUGGUUAUACUUUAAUUUUCAAAAUAUAUUAACUUAUUAAAAAAUUGGUACUUAAUUAACUUACCAAAUUUGUUUGAGAAUCAGGCUCAAAAUUUACAUUUUUUCCAAGAAAUGUGUUUGCAUAACUGUACCACUGAAGCUUUGGUGUAUAUAUUUGAUUAUAGCCACUACCUGUUUUCAUAGACUUUUUCACAUUUUUUAGUUUAUUGUUACAUGUAUCGUGUGUUGACAAUAUUUUUGAUCUUAGGACUUUAAUAUUAUCUAAGCCAGUAAUUCUGAGCCAUGUAUUUUCUAUCUGGUCCCGUUUUAAGCAGUCUAUGUAGUCUGCCAGAGAUUUCUCACAAACAAGGGUACUGUUGGUAGUUUAAUACAUUGAAUGUCAUGGUACAAAUCACUAACAAAAAAAUUGAACUCUUCUUCUUAUAUAUAUUAUAAAAAAUGAAUUUAAAUUAAAUUAAAUGUUAUUAAAUUUAAACAAAUUGAAUGUGUAAAUUCUAACUAUAAACAAUACUUAUAACUACAACAAGCGCCAGGAAUAUAGUGAUAAUAAUAGUCACUGAUAAGAAAAUAAUUUCUCGACACUACAAGUGUUGUGAUGCCGUAUAUUUAAAAUUUUAAAUAUACGGCACUAGUUUCCUAAUAACAUGGCAUCGUGACAUAUCAUUGUUCAUACAGCGACACUGAUGGGAUAUUUAAUAUCAAGACACUAAGUGCCACUCUGUAGUGUCAUUGUGAAAACUAGGCUUUAAUAAAAUAUUUGAUUGUUUAAUGGUUGAUGUGUCAUAUAUUCUCCUCAGCAGCAUUAAGAUUACUCCUUUAUCCACUUAAAAGAUGGGUAUCACAUGUACAGGAUGAUUCACUAAGCGUGCUCCCCCCAUUGUUUUGGUUAAAUUUUGCUUAUAUUCAGAUUCUGAUUUUUAAAAUUGUUAAGUGUAAUAAAAGCCGAUAUUUUCGAAUACUUAAAUUUUUAAACACAUUAUCAGGGUAACCUGUGAUGAUACCAUUUUUGGUUCAUCAAAUGAGAACCUAUAUUUGAAAUUCCAUAAAUAAGUAACUUUAAUUUUUUUAUUAUUAAUUGAUAAAGAAAAUAAGAGAUAAACAUAAUUUAAUAUGAUUGCACUGGUACAUAGCCUAGGAACAUGUGGUAACACGCGGCUGGAAUAAUCUGUCUAUACUGUUAAAUUUGUUACUGUUUGUUAUUAAUUUUUCACUGUUCAGUGGAAAAGUGUUUCUCAAUACAUUUUUUGAAAUAAAUAGGACAUUUUUUGCUGGUAAUAUAAUCAUGUUGUGACAUUUGAAAACUUUAGUCAACUUUUGAAUAAAAAAUAAGUUAACUAAUUAAAAUUAUAUUAUUAAUUAUACAAGACUAAUUUCAAUAAUAAAGAAAUACUUUUGCUUGUGUACAGAUAUUGAAAAAUUUUAGUUCUGAUUGUGUUAUUAAUUUGUAGAUAUGUUGCCGCCCACUUUACCUGGAGAUUUUGCGUUGUUCAGUGCACUAAAAAAUUUAGUAAGUAACAUUAUAGUUUUAAUUUUAAGUCUUGUUAAUAAUUACUAUUUCAAUAUUUUUUAUAUCCUAUAUUAAAAAAGGAAUUCAAAUCAAAUUUAAAAAAUAAAUAACAUUCUUUUUUAAGCACUAAUAAGCAUAAAUGAUUGAAUAUUGAAUUUAUUCCAAGGAAAAAAUAAAAUAAAUUUGUUUGAAUCAGAGCCACAUUUUAAAUUCUGUUCUUAGAAUAGUUGUGUAACAAAGUAGUUUAUUUGAUAUUUAUUUAUUUUAUUUGAAUAAUUGAAGGUUGCGCAUAAAUAUAUUAUAAUAUUUUUAUGAACAUUUUACAAAUUUUUAGAUUCAUAAAAUAUAUUGAAGUUGUAUUAUAGUUAUUAUUCUCUCCUCCCCCCUCCUAAAAAAAGCUCUUGUGAUUCUUGUGCAGGUGCAAUCUUUAAUUAUAAAAGUAUUAUAAUAGUAUUUUAUGAUCCUUUAGUAUGCUUAAACCCAGUCCACACUAAGGCAACAUUGACCGACAUGUAAAUUGUCUAUAAUUUCCUAUUGUUCCAUAACAUGUGAAAACAAAUUGCAACAUUGGAAAUAUAGCUUACACAUGUAGGCAACAAAACCACAGCAACAUUGAUAAACAACUGAACUAAACUUAGUCCAAACUGAUAAAUUUGUAGCUACAUAUUGCCUGUUAUCAAUUUAUUAUAUUGUUUUGUGAUAACAUGUUUCAAUUUUAAUCUAAACAUGAAACAAUGAGAAACUUGUUACUUACAACAAAUUAUUGAUGAAACAUGUGACUCCCGGAAAUAUAUAGGAACUUUUUUUGUGUCAACAUACUUCGACUUAAAAAGUUGUUAUAUGUUGCUUUAGUGUAGAUUGUGCUUUAUAAAACAAAUUAAGAAAAUAUAUUUUUUUUAAAUGUUUAUAGUGUAAUGGUUAUUUAUAUUUCAGUUUCCUCAGGCUUCUAUGGAACACGUUAAUGAAAUGAUGAAACAUGUUAAGGCCAAAAAAAUGAAAAAUAAUGUUGAACAAUAAGGUAUUUAAAAUUAGAAUAGUUUUUAAUUGAUUUUGAUUAUUUAUUCAUAUAGUCUUAUAAAUUUUUUUGACAUAUAUAACACAAUUUAAGUGAAUAUAUAUUUACCGCAUAUUAUAUGGCACACACUAUUUAUAAAGUGUAAAGUAUAAAAUAAUAUGUGUGCUAUAUUGUUUAUCAAACAAGUUUUAAUAUUCAGCUUUUUAUUAAUACUUUCAUUUU